CCCAAAGUUUGGAAAUAAGGGUCCAAAAUAUCGUGGCAAAAGUUGGGGUGCAGUCAAUAGGGUGGUUUAGUCGGACCAACUAGUUUUUACCCUUUUGCCAGCGCCAGUGGUUACUUAACCCCCUGGCGGCUUUGGAUUUUACCAUCUCUCAUUUAUUCUUCUGUCUAGUCAGUGUCAUUGCACCGCUAUUUCCAAUCCUUCCACCUUGGUUCAUGGCCCAACCCUAGAUCCCCUUGACUCCAAAAACCAUCACCAGGGAGGAUGACUGGGAAGAAGAACACUCCAAUGAGGAAGGACGGGGAUGGGUCGCCAGCAGCGGAUGCAAGCGAAUGGAACAAAAGUAAGUGUUCCGAAUCCAUCAUUCUUGAGCUUGUUAAGGAAGGAUUACUACAUGAUAAAGAUGUAGUUUUUUGGCGAGCCCCUGAGUUAGAUCUGAGGCCUUUAGAUAAUCCUGGAGAAACUACCCUCUUCCAACAUUUAACGGAGCACGGCCUUGCUCUACCGGCCUCUAAUUUCUUUCAGGGUCUUCUUGGCUUCUAUGGGAUUCAGAUCCAAAAUCUGCCUCCCAAUUCCAUUCUUCACAUCUCAAUUUUUGUUCAUUUUUGCGAAGCAUUUUUGGGGAUCCAGCUGCACUGGAAUCGCUUCCGUUAUCUUUUCCACUUGAAGCCCCUUCCGGAUCUAAAAGAACCGUGUAGGAUAGGAGGUGUUGCUUUCAGUUGAGGCAGGGUAGGGGGUGGAGUACAUUGAGUACAUUACCCCUAGUUGUCUGUCAGGUUGGGGGAAUUUCUGGUUUUAUGCAAAAAAACCUUUCGCCUUCCCUGCCUGACCACCGAGAAGAUGCUCCUGUGCCCACCGAAUCUUGGAAGGAGGAAGUGGAUGACAUUGACAUGCCCCAAAUCCAAGAUCUUCUGAAGAAGAUUAGAACGCGGCGAGAGGCUGGUGUGACUGGGGCCACAAUUGUUUGGUCGUGGCUUCAGAGGCGAAUUCAAUCGCUGCAGCGGCGACCCAAUUUUGGAUACCAUUAUACUGGAGAGGGAGAUCUUUCUCGGAUGUCACAAAUGGAGAUAUUUGAAGCGACGGCUCUCAAGUAUUUGAAGAAGGCAGUUGGGGUGACGACUGUUCCAGUCGUCCCUGAAUUGUUUUGCGCAGAUAAUGCUUCCUUGCCAAGUGAAGUGGAUUUAUAUCAGAGCCACCCGCCUAAGAUGAUAUCAACUCGUGCGUACUAUCCAAGAGUUUGAGCUUGUUGAAGCACAGAUAGCACAGUUAGUAAUCUUUGCUUUGGGUGUAAUGCUGAUGCAUUAUUUUCAUCAGCCACAGAUGAAUCGGAGAAGGCUGCCGCCGGUGAGAAGGCUGCAUCUGAAGUUGACCCGACAGCUUCCCCUCUUGCCAAGAACAGGAGGACGCCUUGCUGUAGCUGAUCGAGAGCAGCCACAAGAGGAGUAAGACUUUAUCACAUCUGCUUAUUUCCUCCCUGUGUCCAUUCCUUUCUUGAUUGGAAUUUUGUAGGCCCGCGAGGAAGCUGGUCCUUCCCAAGCUCCCAAAGCCUGGAGCUAUACCGGUCUUGAAGCGAUCGGAGAUGGCGGCAGCUUCUUCUGGUUGUUCUUCAGGUGGGAGUGCCUCCCCCAUCCCCUCAACCGCGGGGGUGACGGAGAGUGAUGGGCCGGCGCCGGAGCUGCUGGAUGAUCCUCUAAUUGAUGAUGCGGAGGUGAAGAAAAUGAAAGAGUAUUUCAGUCAUCUUUUCAAGUACUCGAACCAACUCGUGGCUCGCUCCAAGGAGAAAUCCAAGCAGCUCAAGUCGACUGCCACUAUUUCUGUGGAGGAGCAUGCUCGAGUUGUGAAGGAGCUGAACGAGAAGAAUGCUGCCGAGAUCCGGAAGCUCCAAGAAACCAAAAACAAGGCAUUAAAGGAGCAAAGAGAUGCUCAUGAUAAGUUGGAGAAGAAACUGAAGGAUUCUGACCACCAAAUGGUGGAUUCCAUGAAGCGGAUCAAGAGUCUAUCGGCUGAACUUUAAGAUUUCAAGGAUGCCUCCAAGUUUGUGAUGGAUCUGGUGGAUCCCGUUGCUGGUAAUGCUGCUGAGGAGAGGACCUUGCUUCAGCGGCUGCAAGAAGCUCCUCAUAAGCUGUCUGCUUAUGUGAUGGGUACUGUCAAGUCUUAUGUGUCGACUGCCCUUGGUCUUGUGAAGGCCUGGCAUUCCGAUACUGACUUGACACCCCUCAGCGGUGGGUUUCCAAUGGACUGCUCGGAUGAGCAGUUCGGGCACAUCAUGAAGGAGGUCCAGCCUGGGGCCGACAAAAUUGUAGAUACAAUUGAACUGCAAGGGUGAACCCCGUAUUUGUUUAGAGAUUGCGUACUAUUGACUGUAAAUUUGUUUGAUACAAUUGUUGUACUUCUUUAGUUAUAUUUUUGAUUGUUUGUUAACUCAUGAAUGAGUGUCCAGAAA